AUGGAGCUGUCGAUGAGCGGCGGCGCGCUGCGGACCUUCUCCCGCUGCGUCACCUGCCUCGCCCGCAUCGGCUCCGACCUCGUCUUCCAGGCCUACCCCGACAAGCUGGAGCUGCACACGCUCAACAGCUCGCGGUCGGCGUUCGCGUCCGUCUCCCUCAUGCGCGACUUCUUCGACCACUUCCACCUCCCCGCCGACGCCGACGCCGCGCCGUCCUCCACGCCGCUCCAGUGCAGCGUCCUCCUCAAGUCCGUCCUCGCUGUGCUCCGCACGCCCACCUCCGCGAUCGACCGCCUCAACGCUUCGCUCCCAAACUCCCAAGCGUCCAAGCUCGAGUUCGUCAUCCACUGCGUCAGCGGGCGUAAGAAGACGCACCGGAUCUCGUGCAGCGCGGAGUCCGACGUGCAGACUCUGGCGCUCGACCGCAACGGCUUCCCCAGCCGCCUCGCCAUACGGCCACGGGACCUCACGCGCCUGCUCUCCAAUUUCCAGUCCUCGCUGCAGGAGCUCACCGUUAUUGCCACCGAGCCUGCUGCACGGUUGCCUGGCGUCGGUGAUGGCGCUGGGGGGAAGGCAGUCGAGCUCCUAAGCUACAUCGACCCGACCAAAGAUGACUACGACUGUAGGCUGCACACACAACUGUGGAUCGAUCCAGCAGAGGAGUUCUUGGAGUAUGAGCAUGCUGGUGAUCCCGUAGAUGUCACAUUUGGGGUGAAAGAAUUGAAGGCAUUUUUAACAUUUUGUGAAGGAUGUGAGGUUGAUAUUCUCCUAUUCUAUCAGAAGGCUGGCGAACCUGUCCUGUUGGCUCCAAGAUUUGGAUUCGAUGAUGGAUCAAGUUCUAAUUUCGAUGUAACUCUAGUUCUAGCCACUAUGCUUGUAUCACAGCUAAAUGAUGGCAGUGUUCCUCAGCAGCCACCUACGUCAGCACAUCAUGCAGAAGAACCAAGGGCUGCCGCUGCUGCACCAUCGCCAGUUCCAGAAAAUGUCUCAAACCAUACAAGAAUAUGGUCAGAGCUUUCAGGUGUUACUCCCAAAAGCUUUGAAGCUAACGCAGAAAAUCGUGCCCAAAAGGAGAGAAAUGGAAGAGCUAACGUACUGAAUGACACAUCAGUGCUUCCCACUACCAAUGCUCCCUGCAAGCUACGAGUGACAGAUAACGCAAACUAUGUAGAGCAGCCUGUGCAAAUGGAUCACUUGGAAGAGCCUCCUGAAGUUGUGGUUGAUAACCCUCGUUCGCAGCAUCACCCAAGCAACUGGGUAGGUGCCGACGAAGACGAUGAUGAUGAAGAAGAUGAGGAGCUUUUUGUCCAAACAACACCUCACUACAUGGACUAA